AUGGGGGAAGCUCUUCCUUUCGGCUCUAUUAAGCUCAUAUCGGAUAGAAUGGAAAAGCCGCUGUUGGACAAUCGCUCAUACCGAGUGAUUCAGUUGUCCAAUCAACUAGAAGUCCUUUUGAUCCAUGAUCCAGACACUGAUAAAGCCGCCGCUGCUAUGGAUGUCAACGUUGGUAGCUUCAGCGAUCCGGAUGACCUGCCGGGGACCGCGCACGCGGUAGAACAUUUGUGUUUCAUGGGUACGAAGAAGUAUCCGGCAGAGUCUGAAUAUAGCACUUAUUUAGCCAAGCAUGGUGGCUACUCCAACGCCUACACGGCCUCAACAUCAACCAAUUACUUUUUCGAACUAUCAGCGAGUUCAACGUCCAAUAGCCCGGGUUCAGUCGCAACUGUAGAGCAAUCCAAUGUUACCAUCACCAAAGAUAAGGUUCCCCUCUAUGGUGCUCUCGAUCGUUUUUCGCAAUUCUUCAUCCAGCCACUCUUUCUCCCCGAUACCCUAGAUCGCGAACUCCGCGCUGUGCAUUCAGAGAACAAAAAGAAUCUUCAAAGCGACACAUGGCGCCUGGAACAACUGGGCCGCAGCACUUCGAGUGAGAAGCAUCCCAUCCGCAAGUUUGCUACUGGCAACUAUCAAUGUUUACAUGAGGAACCGGUGUCGCGAGGCAUCGAUAUCCGGAAGCGCUUCAUUGAGUUUCACGAAGCUCAUUAUUCGGCGAAUCGUAUGAAGCUCGUCGUUCUGGGUAGAGAGGCACUGCAGGAAUUAGAGAGUUGGGUUCAGGAGCUCUUUUCUGAUGUACCGAACAAAAACCUGCACCGUCUGAGGUGGGACAACAUACCAGUUUUAAAUGAGUCCGAGCUCAUGACUCAAAUAUUUGUCAAACCAGUGACGGAGCAAAGACAGUUAAACAUUGACUUCACGUAUCCCGAUGAAGAAGAGCUUGUUGACUCCCAUCCCAGUCAGUAUCUGGCGCAUCUGAUUGGCCAUGGGGGUCCUGGCAGUGCUCUUGCUUAUCUGAAGGAGCUGGGUCUCGCAGACUCUUUAUCGGCUGGGGCUUCUGCUUUGUGUCCCGGCACAGCUCUUUUCUGUAUUGACGUGAUGCUUACUGAAAAAGGCGUUCGGCAAUACCGGGAUGUCUUGAGAGUUGUCUUCCAAUAUAUCGCUAUGCUAAGAGAGAACCCACCGUCUGCCUGGAUCUCGGAUGAAAUGAGCCGCUUGGCUGAGGUGGACUUCAAGUUCAGGCAGAAAAGCCCUCCAUCCCGAACUGUCAGCGAUCUAGCUCAGCUCAUGCAGAAUGCUUGUAUACCACGCGAGCAUUUACUCAGCCCUUUCCUAAUCCGCAAGUUUGAUCCGGAAAGCAUCCAGUCCGGUCUGUCUCAUCUACUCCCUGAUAAUUUUCGAUUUUUUCUUGUUGAUCAGCAAUUUCCGGGGAACUGGGACGCAAAAGAAAAAUGGUACGGAACCGAAUACAAGCUCGAAAAGAUCCCCAAAGAGUUCAUGAAGGAGCUUUGGAAAGCCGCGCAGGCUCCGAUAACAGAGAGUCCCUCUAUACUUCACUUACCGGCUGUGAACGAGUUUAUUCCUCGACGGUUAGAUGUUGACCGGAAGGAUGUCACAGAACCAGCUCGACACCCUACGCUAGUCCGCCAUGAUGACCAUGUCCGUGUGUGGUUCAAACAGGACGAUCGGUUCUGGGUGCCCAAAGCCAAUAUAAAGAUCCUUCUUCGGUCCCCUAUAGUCUCAAUCACUCCGAUGUAUGCUGUCAUGACACGAUUAUACGUUGAGCUGGUCGAAGACAGCCUCAUUGAAUACGCUUACAACGCGGAUAAGGCCGGUUUGAGCUACGCUAUAUCCGAAAGUUCACAGGGACUCAAUAUAGAGCUAAAGGGCUUUAACGACAAAAUGUCAAUGCUUCUGGAGAAAGUAUUACUAGCAGUAAGAGACUUAAAAAUCAAGCAAGAGCAAUUCGAUGUGGCCAAGGACAGGGUGUGGAAAGCAUAUAAGAAUUUCGACUACAUGGAGCCGUACCGGCAAAUCAAUGCCUUCUCACGCAUGUUGAUCAACGAAAGAUCCUGGACUCCUUUUCUAUUGGUCGAGGAGCUUCCAGCAGUGACAGCCGAGGACAUAAAUUCAUACUAUCCUCACCUGUUGCGACAGAUGCAUAUUGAGAUUCUCGUUCAUGGCAAUCUAAAUAAAGAAGACGCGCUGAACCUUAUAGGUUUAGUGGAGUCAACACUCCGCCCACGUCGAUUACCAGAGAGCCAGUGGUUGUCACGCCGCACGAUUGCGUUACCAAGUGGAGCAAAUUACCUAUAUGAGCGUGGACUGAGAAAUCCGGAUAACGUCAAUAAUUGUCUCGAGUAUAUCAUUUCGGUCGGCUCUGUCUCGGAUCGCUCGCAACGAGCCAAGCUGCUUCUUUUCUCCCAAAUUGCCGAAGUGCCUUGCUUUAGCACGCUGCGCACUAAAGAGCAGCUCGGAUAUAUCGUCAACUCUGCUAUAGGAGUCUAUGUGACGACCGGUACAUGGCGUAUCCUCGUGCAAAGCGAGAGGGACUGCAAGCACCUUGAAGAGCGCUGUGAUGCAUUUUUGGUAAACUUUGAGCAUUAUCUGCGCGCGAUGACCGACGAGACGUUCGAGGAGCAUAAGGUCGGAUUGAUCAAUAAACGCUUGGAGAACUUGAAGAAUCUGAACCAAGAGACGUCGCGAUUUUGGACUCAUAUUACCAGUGAGGCGCUUGACUUUGAGCAAGUUUAUCACGACGUCGAACACAUUGAACCACUUACAAAGGAAGACAUACUGCAGUUUUUUGACCAGCACAUCCAUCCCUCUUCUCCAACCCGCGCAAAACUGGCUAUACAUCUUAUUGCACAAGCAUCAGCUACAGCAGAAGCUGCAUCAGGAGACAGUGCCGUCGCUGUAGGGAACCCUGACGCCUUAGCGUUGCCUGAAACUCAAGACGCUGUAGCAGCCAACGCAUAUGAGCCUUCAGUGUCACCCGCGAUUAUUCCCAUCAAGAUUGACAAUGUCAGAACAUGGAAGGCAAGUCUGCCGCUUUCGCCGGCUGCAACCCCAGUGAAGGGCCUAGCCAAAUUUAAGGAGUUCAAUUCGAAGACAUGA